CUCCUGCAGUGAGGGGCUCGGCUGGCCGCGAGUGAGGGGUGUACGCGGCCGGCUCCUCGCAGCCUGGUGCUUCGGAUGGACCAAAGUUACAGGUGCAAAUUAACACAGAUGUGCAUCUGCCCAGCUGGCCAUCCUGGCCAGGUUUGGCCCUUCCAUUGGCCAAAGCAAUGGCCAAAGAUUACCUUCCAAAUGACUGUCUUAAUACCACGGUUGUGCAAGAGGAGGGUUUUAGCCAAGUGUGGAGCAUGUGGGGUCCUGUUCUCCAUGAGCGGAGAGCAGAAGCAGUUGAAGUCACUGCAAGGGAGCACUGGCUUGGGCACCGGGGAAAACCUUCAUCUCCAGUAGGAGUAAGUGCAGGUUACCUAAGCAGUGGCUCUGGGCUUUCAGUGAGUGCUCCUCCAAGCACCCAUAAGGAGCAAAAUAAGUGGGCCUGAUCAGGUCAGCUCCUGUUCAAGAAAGGAAUAGCCUCAGUGUGUCUUUAUGUGCCUCGUAUUGAAUAGGAAAAUUGAAAGACCAUCAGAAAUACAGCCUUGGCUUGCCUCUCCUUAAACGUGCCAUUGUUUCUUAUACAAGCAAUAGAAUUUCGUGUUAUUUAUUUCUGAGCAGGCUUAAUGCUCUCCCCAUUCUGGAGAUGCACAGGUACCUGCCUUUCCAACAGCCUCCUUCUGUGCUUGGACACUUGGAGGUCUCCUGCCUAGGUAGACGGAGGACAACUUGGCCUUCAAUGACGCGGGAGCUCAGCAGCACCAAGCCCUCGUUCCGUCGGAAGAGGAAGCAAGAGAGACACUUCGCAGACCCGACCGGCUGCCCUGGGCAUUCCCAGCUCCACCUCGGGUCCCCUAAGUUGCCCGUCCUCGCCGCGGGACGUUGGGCGGGGCGGGCCCGCCUCGUGCCCUCCCCCCCCUGCCCGCCCCUGUCACCGCCUGCCGGCGCGGCUCGCGGAGCCGGAGCUGUCCACAGAGGGUGGUGCUGAAGGCAGGGAGGAAGCGGAGGGACGCGGACAUCUUCGCUCCCCUAAUUUCCUCCCUGCCUCCUGCAGCCAUUUUGCACCACCGAGGCUGGAGGAGGUGCAAAGGAGGGGGGGAGCUGUAGGGGAUGAAGGGAAGGAGAAAAAGAGUUAUGGAGAGCAAAGAGGCAGUUAUGGGAUACACCGACUGAUAUGUCUGCUAAGACUGGCUCACAGCAGCAGCUGUCAUCAGCAUCAUGGUGAAAAGGAAAAGCUCAGAGGGCCAGGAGCAGGAGAGCGGCCGUGGUAUCCCUCUGCCCAUCCAGACCUUCCUAUGGAGGCAAACCAGUGCAUUUUUAAGACCUAAACUGGGGAAACAAUAUGAAGCUUCCUGCGUGUCUUUUGAAAGAGUUUUAGUAGAGAACAAGCUUCAUGGCCUUUCUCCAGCUCUCUCUGAAGCCAUCCAGAGCAUUUCUCGCUGGGAACUUGUCCAGGCUGCGCUCCCACAUGUGUUACACUGCACCGCAACAUUGCUCUCCAACCGAAACAAGCUAGGACAUCAGGAUAAACUUGGAGUAGCUGAAACAAAGCUUCUUCACACUCUUCACUGGAUGCUGCUGGAGGCUCCUCAGGACUGCAGCAAUGACCGAUUUGGAGGAGACAGAGGUUCUAGCUGGGGAGGGAGCAGUAGUGCCUUUAUCCACCAGGCUGAAAACCAAGGGUCACCAGGACAUCCCCGACCCAGCACCAUGAAUGAUGAGGAGGAGAACAACAGAAGGAAGUUCUUCCAAAAUUCCAUGGCCACCGUGGAGCUCUUUGUGUUCCUCUUUGCUCCUCUUGUCCACAGGAUUAAAGAAUCUGACCUGACAUUUCGGUUGGCUAGUGGCCUUGUUAUUUGGCAGCCGAUGUGGGAACACAGGCAACCUGAAGUGUCUGCUUUCAAUGCCCUUGUAAAACCAAUCAGGAACAUUGUUACAGCUAAAAGAAGUUCUCCUACCAACAAUCAGAGUGUGACUUGUGAAUCCCCUAAUCUGGACAGUGGUCAUACAGAGGGACUACAGGUGGUCUGUGAGACGACCCUGCCAGAUUCUGUACCUCCAAAGCCCACUGUUUCAGCAUGUCAUCGUGGAAAUUCCUUGGAAGGAAGCGUGUCCUCUCAAACCUCUCAGGAGAGAGGUACUCCACAUCCCAGAGUGUCCAUGGUGAUCCCACCAUGCCAGAAAUCUCGCUAUGCCACUUACUUUGAUGUGGCAGUGCUGCGCUGCUUGCUGCAGCCACAUUGGUCUGAGGAGGGCACACAGUGGUCACUGAUGUAUUACCUGCAGAGACUGAGGCAUAUGCUACAGGAAAAGCCGGAGAAACCACCUGAGCCAGAGAUCACUCCUUUGCCGAGACUUCGCAGUAGCUCCAUGGUGGCUGCUGCACCCUCACUGGUGAAUACCCACAAAACUCAGGAUCUUACAGUGAAAUGUAACGAGGAAGAAAAAUCGCUAAGCACAGAAGCGUUUUCCAAGGUUUCACUGACCAACUUGCGUAGGCCAGCAGUUCCGGAUCUCUCCACAGAUCUGGGGAUGAACAUCUUCAAAAAGUUUAAAAGCCGCAAAGAGGACAGAGAGCGUGAGCGCAAAGGGUCAAUUCCUUUCCACCAUACUGGGAAGAAGCGUCAACGGAGAAUGGGGAUGCCCUUCCUUCUCCAUGAGGACCAUUUGGAUGUUUCGCCCACUCGGAGCACUUUUUCAUUUGGCAGUUUUUCUGGCAUUGGAGAGGACCGCCGUGGCAUUGAGAGAGGAGGAUGGCAAACCACUAUACUGGGAAAGUUCACCAGACGGGGGAGCUCUGACACAGCAACGGAAAUGGAAAGCCUGAGCGCUAGGCAUUCACACUCUCACCACACUCUUGUCUCUGAUCUGCCAGACCACUCAAACAGCCAUGGAGAGAACACAGUCAAAGAAGUGCGGUCCCAGAUCUCUACCAUCACUGUGGCCACCUUCAACACUACCCUGGCUUCAUUCAAUGUGGGCUAUGCCGAUUUCUUCAGUGAGCACAUGAGGAAGCUUUGCAAUCAGGUGCCCAUCCCUGAGAUGCCCCAUGAGCCUCUUGCGUGUGCCAACCUCCCGCGGAGCCUGACAGACUCAUGCAUCAAUUACAGUUGCUUGGAGGAUACGGAUCACAUUGAUGGAACCAACAACUUUGUCCACAAGAACGGCAUGCUGGAUCUCUCGGUAGUCCUGAAGGCUGUUUACUUGGUCCUGAACCAUGACAUUAGCUCCAGGAUUUGUGAUGUGGCACUGAACAUUGUGGAGUGCUUGCUUCAGCUUGGAGUGGUGCCAUGUGUAGAGAAAGUCCGGAGGAAGAGUGAGAACAAAGAAAAUGAAGCCCCUGAAAAGAGACCAAGUGAAGGAUCCUUCCAACUCAAAGCUUCUGGAGGUUCAGCUUGUGGAUUUGGGCCUCCUCCAGUCAGUGGAGCUGGAGAUGGAGGAGAAGAAGGAGGCGGUGGAAGUGGUGGAGGAGGAAGUGAUGGAGGUGGUGGAGGAGGAGGGCCAUAUGAAAAGAAUGACAAAAAACAAGAAAAGGAUGAAGGUCCAUCAAUCAGCACCCAUAGGCUGGCACUCACAAUGCUUAUCAAAAUUGUGAAGUCCUUGGGUUGUGCCUAUGGUUGUGGAGAAGGACACCGAGGGCUCUCUGGAGAUCGCCUGAGACACCAGGUAUUCCGGGAGAAUGCUCAGAACUGCCUCACAAAGCUGUACAAACUGGAUAGGAUGCAGUUCCGCCAGACCAUGAGGGAUUAUGUGAACAGAGAUUCUCUUAAUAAUGUGGUGGAUUUCCUUCAUGCUUUACUGGGAUUCUGCAUGGAGCCAGUCACAGACAAUAAAGCCGGAUUUGGGAAUAACUUUACCACAGUGGACAAGUCUACAGCACAGAGCGUAGAAGGUAUUAUUGUGAGCGCCAUGUUCAAGUCAUUGAUCACUCGCUGUGCUUCUACUACACAUGAGCUGCACAGUCCGGAAAACCUUGGCUUGUACUGUGAUAUCCGUCAGCUUGUUCAGUUUAUCAAGGAGGCUCAUGGGAAUGUCUUUCGGAGAGUGGCGCUCAGUGCCCUCUUGGACAGCGCUGAAAAAUUAAUACCAGGAAAAAAAACAGAGGAAACAGAGCAAGAGCUGAAAUCUUCUGGGAGCAAAAGAUCUGAGAUGGGAAGCGUCAUCAUUGACAAAGGUCCGGCAUCAGCUGCACCCGAUGAAUGUCGCAGUUACAUCUCAAGCCGCCCAAUGCAAACUCCAGAACAUGAUGAGCAAAACCAAGGUGCUGUUCUAGGACGCAAGGACUUCUGGCGAAAGAUGUUCAAAUCACAGAGUGCAGCAAGUGAUACCAGUAGUCAGUCUGAGCAGGACACAUCUGAAUGCACCACUGCUCACUCUGGGAACACUACAGACAGACGCUCCCGUUCCCGUUCUCGACGAAUCUCCCUUCGAAAGAAACUCAAACUCCCCAUAGGUAAAUGGAACUGGCUGAAGCGCUCUUCCCUCUCUGGCCUGGCUGAUGGGGUGGAAGAUCUCCUAGAUAUCAGCUCUGUUGACCGUUUGUCUUUCAUCAGACAAAGUUCCAAGGUGAAGUUUACCAGUGCAGUGAAGCUGUCAGAAGGAGGGGGGCCAGGAGGUGGCCUGGACAACGGGCGAGAUGAAGAGGAGAAUUUCUUCAAGCGUCUUGGUAAAUGGCGCACCUGCCGAAGACACCCAUCCAAGCUUCAUCACACAGAAGAAAAAGAUGGUUGCCAUAGCUUUGAUGAUCAUUUGACCUCCAACCAAGAAGGAGGAAAAUCCAAGAACGUUGUGAAUCUGGGAGCAAUCCGCCAAGGGAUGAAGCGCUUUCAGUUUCUCCUGAACUGCUGUGAACCAGGCACUAUCCCCGAUGCUUCCAUUUUAGCAGCGGCCCUAGAUCUUGAAGCUCCUGUAGUGGCGAGAGCAGCCCUAUUCCUUGAGUGUGCACGUUUUGUUCAUCGCUGCAACCGUGGCAACUGGCCUGAGUGGAUGAAGGGCCACCAUGUGAACAUUACUAAGAAAGGCCUGUCCCGUGGACGUUCUCCUAUUGUUGGCAACAAAAGGAACCAGAAACUGCAGUGGAAUGCAGCUAAGCUCUUCUACCAAUGGGGAGAUGCAAUUGGUGUCCGCCUCAACGAGCUGUGCCAUGCUGAGAGUGAGAGCCCUGCCAACCUGCUGGGCCUCAUUUAUGAUGAGGAGACCAAGAGGCGCCUGAGAAAGGAGGAUGAGGAAGAAGACUUUUUAGAUGACAGCACCGUGAAUCCUACCAAAUGUUGUUGUCCUUUUGCACUGAAAAUGGCAGCCUGCCAGCUUCUCCUGGAGAUAACCACUUUCCUUCGAGAGACCUUUCCGUACAUGCCUAGGCCACGUCCUGAGCCUCUUGUGGAUCUGGAGAGCUGUAGGCAACAUCUGGACCCUGAGAUGGACCGGCACAGGUAUGAAAGAAAAAUCAGCUUUGCUGGGGUUCUGGAUGAAAAUGAAGAUUCAAAGGAUUCCCUGCACAGCAGCAGCCACACCCUCAAAUCUGAGGCUGGCUUCGAGGAGAAAAAAGAAGGGAGCCCUUGGAGUGCGAGUGAACCUAGCAUUGAGCCAGAGGUGCUGAGCAGCACAGGCACGGAGGAGAACUAUCAUCGGAACAUGUCGUGGCUGCAUGUUAUGAUCCUAUUAUGCAAUCAGCAAAGUUUCAUAUGUACUCACAUUGACUACUGUCACCCACACUGCUACCUCCAUCAUAGCCGGUCCUGUGCUCGCCUUGUCCGUGCCAUCAAACUCCUGUAUGGAGACACAGUGGACUCUCUUCGAGAAAACAGCACGUUGAACAGUGUGGCAAGAGGCAAAAAGCAAAAAGAAUGCUCAGACAAGUCAUGCCUCAGAACUCCUUCUCUUAAAAAGAGAGUGAUUGAUAUCAACUUGGAAGGAAAGAAAGACUCUGGAAUGUUAAAAUACAUUAGGCACCAGGUAAUGAGCCUCUCCCCUGCACCUUUGUCACUGCUAAUCAAGGCAGCUCCUGUCCUCACAGAGGAAAUGUAUGGGGACAUCCAGCCUGCAGCAUGGGAGCUCCUGCUUAGUGUGGAUGAGCACAUGGCUGGGGCAGCAGCUGCCAUGUUCCUGCUAUGUGCUGUGAAAGUGCCAGAGGCUGUUUCUGACAUGCUGAUGUCUGAAUUUCAUCACCCGGAGACAGUGCAAAGACUGAAUGCCAUUCUCAAAUUUCACACACUCUGGAGGUUUCGGUAUCAAGUCUGGCCAAGGAUGGAAGAAGGAGCUCAACAGAUCUUUAAGAUCCCUCCUCCAAGUAUAAACUUCACUUUGCCUUCUCCUGUCCUGGGGAUGCCCUCUGUACCAAUGUUUGAUCCUCCCUGGGUCCCUCAGUGCAGUGGGAGUGUGCAAGAUCCUAUAAAUGAAGACCAGUCGAAGUCAUUUUCAGCCAGAGCAGUGUCUCGUUCCCAUCAGCGAGCAGAGCACAUCCUAAAGAACCUGCAGCAGGAGGAAGAGAAGAAACGCUUAGGUCGGGAAGCCAGUCUCAUCACUGCUAUCCCCAUCACUCAGGAGGCCUGCUAUGAGCCAACCUGCACACCAAGCUCGGAGCAGGAAGAAGAAGUAGAAGAAGUUGCCAACCUGGCCUCCCGCCGUCUCUCUGUGAGUCCUUCCUGCACCUCCAGUACAUCUCAUAGGAACUAUUCUUUCCGUCGUGGCUCUGUAUGGUCAGUGCGGUCAGCAGUCAGUGCAGAAGAUGAAGAACAUACUACAGAGCAUACUCCAAACCAUCAUGUGCCACAGCCACCUCAAGCUGUGUUUCCAGCAUGCAUCUGUGCAGCAGUGCUCCCCAUUGUCCAUUUAAUGGAAGACGGAGAAGUCCGGGAGGAUGGAGUAGCUGUGAGUGCUGUUGCUCAGCAGGUCCUGUGGAACUGCUUAAUUGAAGAUCCCUCUACAGUUCUGCGCCAUUUCCUGGAGAAGCUCACAAUAAGCAACCGACAGGAUGAGCUAAUGUAUAUGUUAAGGAAGCUUUUGUUGAAUAUUGGUGACUUUCCUGCGCAGACAUCUCAUAUCCUCUUUAAUUACUUGGUAGGACUGAUCAUGUAUUUUGUACGCACUCCAUGUGAAUGGGGCAUGGAUGCCAUUUCUGCCACACUAACCUUCCUUUGGGAAGUGGUGGGUUAUGUCGAAGGCCUUUUUUUCAAGGAUCUCAAACAGACUAUGAAGAAGGAACAGUGUGAAGUGAAACUGCUGGUGACUGCCUCAAUGCCAGGCACAAAGACCCUUGUUGUGCAUGGACAGAAUGAGUGUGACAUACCAACUCAGUUACCAGUCCAUGAAGAUACACAGUUUGAGGCUCUUCUGAAGGAGUGUCUGGAGUUUUUUAACAUACCUGAAACACAGUCUUCUCAUUACUUUUUAAUGGAUAAGCGAUGGAAUCUUAUUCAUUACAACAAGACCUAUGUUCGUGAUAUUUAUCCUUUCCGGAGGUCAGUUUCUCCCCAGCUCAACCUGGUGCAGAUGCAUCCAGAAAAGGGUCAAGAGCUCAUUCAGAAGCAGGUGUUCACCCGUAAACUAGAAGAGGUGGGCCGGGUGUUGUUCCUCAUAUCACUGACACAGAAAAUCCCUACUGCCCACAAGCAGUCACACGUAUCAAUGCUUCAGGAAGACCUCCUCCGUUUGCCUUCAUUUCCCCGAAAUGCCAUUGAUGCUGAGUUCUCACUCUUCAGUGAUCCCCAAGCUGGAAAAGAGCUCUUUGGUCUCGAUACUCUUCAGAAAAGCUUGUGGAUUAAGCUGCUGGAAGAGAUGUUCCUUGGCAUGCCAAGCGAGUUCCCCUGGGGGGAUGAGAUCAUGCUGUUCUUGAAUGUCUUCAAUGGUGCCCUGAUCCUGCACCCUGAAGACAGUGCCUUGCUGAGGCAGUAUGCUGCCACAGUCAUCAACACAGCUGUGCACUUUAACCACCUCUUCUCCCUCAGUGGGUACCAGUGGGUGCUCCCCAGCAUGUUGCAGGUAUACUCUGACUAUGAAAGCAACCCACAGUUACGCCAAGCAAUGGAGUUUGCAUGCCGCCAGUUCUACGUUCUGCAUCGCAAGCCCUUUAUUCUGCAACUGUUUGCAAGUGUUGCCCCUUUGCUGGAGUUCCCUGAUGCUACAAACAAUGGAACCAGCAAAGGAGUGUCUGCUCAGUGCCUGUUUGACCUGCUGCAGUCCUUAGAGGGAGAUACUCCAGACAUUUUGGACAUCUUAGAGCUGGUGAAAGCAGAAAAGCCUCUCAAGUCAUUAGACUUCUGCUAUGGGAAUGAGGACUUGACCUUUUCAAUCAGUGAAGCCAUCAAGCUAUGUGUGACAGUGGUAGCCUAUGCUCCUGAGUCAUUCAGAAGCCUCCAGAUGCUGAUGGUCUUGGAAGCAUUGGUUCCCUGUUACUUGCAGAAACUGAAGCAACAAACCUCUCAAGUGGAGACUGUGACAGCAGCUCGUGAGGAGAUUGCUGCUAUGGCUGCACUUGCCACCUCUUUGCAGGCCCUCUUAUACAGUGUAGAAGUUCUCACCAGGCCUAUGACAGCCCCACAGAUGAGUCGAUGUGACCAAGGCCAUAAAGGGACCACAGCAGCUAACCACACCAUGUCAGCAGGUGUGAACACCAGGUACCCAGAACAGGGAGCCAAACUACACUUUAUCAGGGAGAACCUUCAUUUACUGGAGGAGGGCCAAGGUCUUCCCCGAGAAGAACUGGAUGAACGAAUUGCUAGAGAGGAGUUCAGGAGACCACGGGAGUCACUGCUGAAUAUCUGCACUGAGUUUUACAAGCACUGUGGUCCAAGGCUGAAGAUUUUGCAGAACCUGGCUGGAGAGCCCAGAGUCACCUCUCUGGAAUUGCUGGAUGUGAAGUCACACAUGAGAUUGGCAGAAAUUGCACACUCCCUGCUGAAAUUGGCACCUUAUGACACACAGACGAUGGAAAGCCGAGGUCUCCGGCGCUACAUCAUGGAAAUGUUACCCAUCACUGACUGGACAGCUGAGGCGGUGAGACCUGCCCUUAUCCUCAUCUUAAAGAGAUUGGAUCGUAUGUUCAAUAAAAUUCACAAGAUGCCUACUCUGAGGCGCCAGGUUGAGUGGGAGCCUGCCAGCAAUUUGAUUGAAGGGGUUUGUUUGACACUUCAGAGGCAGCCAAUCAUAUCCUUCCUGCCUCACCUUAGGUCUCUGAUCAAUGUGUGUGUCAAUCUGGUGAUGGGAGUGGUAGGACCCUCCAGUGUGGCUGACGGAUUACCCCUUCUUCAUCUCAGCCCUUAUCUCUCGCCACCUCUGCCCUUCAGCACAGCUGUUGUCCGGCUUGUAGCAUUGCAGAUACAGGCUUUGAAAGAAGAUUUCCCCCUAAGCCAUGUCGUCUCCCCAUUCACCAAUCAGGAAAGAAGGGAAGGAAUGCUUUUAAACCUACUGAUUCCAUUUGUGCUCACAGUAGGAUCUGGAAGCAAAGACAGCCCCUGGCUGGAGCAGCCUGAGGUCCUGCUGCUGCUCCAGACUGUUAUCAAUAUCCUCCUGCCACCUCGCAUCAUCAGCACUUCCCGCAGCAAGAACUUUAUGCUGGAGAGCUCCCCUGCCCACUGUUCCACCCCGGGGGAUGCGGGGAAGGACCUGCGGCGGGAAGGGCUCGCAGAGUCCACCAGCCAGGCUGCCUACCUGGCCUUGAAGGUGAUCCUUGUUUGUUUUGAACGCCAACUCGACAGCCAGUGGUACUGGCUGAGCCUGCAAGUCAAAGAGAUGGCGCUGCGGAAGGUGGGAGGGCUGGCCCUGUGGGAUUUCCUCGACUUUAUCGUGCGAACACGGAUCCCUAUCUUUGUGCUCCUUCGGCCAUUCAUCCAGUGCAAGCUGCUGGCCCAGCCGGCUGAGAACCAUGAGGAGCUGACUGCGCGACAGCACAUUGCUGACCAGCUGGAGAGACGGUUCAUACCGCGCCCUCUCUGCAAGAGCUCCCUCAUUGCAGAAUUCAAUAAUGAGCUGAAGAUCCUGAAGGAGGCAGUGCACAGUGGAUCUGCUUACCAAGGGAAGACGUCUGUGAGCACCGUGGGGACCUCCACUUCUGCUUACCGCCUGAGUCUGGCCACCAUGUCCCGUUCCAACACUGGCACUGGCACAGUCUGGGAGCAGGACAGCGAGCCUUCCCAGCAGGCCUCCCAGGACACACUGAGCCGUACAGAUGAGGAGGAUGAAGAAAAUGACUCCUUGAGCAUGCCCAGUGUGGUAAGUGAACAAGAAGCAUACCUUAUGGGUGCCAUUGGGAGGAGGCGGUUCUCCAGCCAUCUCUCCAGCGUGUCUGCACCUCAGGCUGAGGUGGGCAUGUUGCCCAGCCAAAGUGAACCUAAUGUCCUUGAUGACUCCCCGAGCCUGGCCACUGAGGGCAGCCUCUCUAGGGUGGCAAGUGUGCAGAGUGAGCCAGGACAGCAGAACCUCCUUCUGCAGCAACCCCUGGGGCGGAAGAGAGGUCUACGGCAGCUUCGACGACCACUGCUGUCACGUCAAAAAACUCAGACUGAACCUCGUAGCCGCCAUGGAGCUCGACUUUCAACCACUCGGCGGAGCAUCCAGCCAAAACCAAAACCAAGUGCAGAGCAGAAGCGUUCGGUGACUUUCACUGAAGCCCAGCCUGAGGCAACACCACCAUCCCCAGCCAAGUCCCCAGCUUCGGCUGCCCAGCAGCAGGGCUGCAGCCGCAGCAGCCCCCAGGAGAGCAGCAAGCAGGAAGCGCCAAGUAAACCUGGGCUGACGUCCUCACCUGCUGUUGUCGUAGCUGAUCUCCAUAGCCAGACCACUGGCCAGAGCGAGGCACUUUCUGCUGAGAAGGAGAAAGAGGAGAGCGUGGAGUCCCGGCCAGCCACAGCACAAAGCACGCCGCCCACACAGCUCUCCGACACCGAGGACUACGCUGGCCUCGAGACCACCAGCUUACUGCAGCACGGGGACACGGUCCUCCACAUCAGUGAGGACAACGGGAUGGAAAACCCCUUGCUGGCUACUCGCUUCAGCUUCACACAUGUGGAGCUUGGGGAGACGGACGUCGACCUAGAUGAAUCUCAUGUUUAACUCUUGGGGAGGUACAGUAGUGGGAGGAGGAAG